GCAAAUCUCAAGAGUAGUGAUUCCAUUUCUGACCCUCCAACAGGCACGUACACGUGGGCGUGAAUGGGCUGCGUGGCCCUUCCUGCAGCCUCUCCAGUCACCAGACGGGGUCAUCCUGGCUGACUCUGACCCUGGCUCUUCCCUCCUUCCUUCCCAGGACAUAAUGCCUGGCCUGACAGGACUUUCUCUAUGCUUUUAUUCUACAAGUUAGGAGGUGAUCAGUUGGAGCUCUCCAACCUGUUGAGGGAUUGGGAGUUCUUGAAGGUCUCCCAGGGCCUGGCUCUGACAAAGCAUCUGCAAUUAAUGAUGCUUCUUGAGCUCUGGAGACAGGAUUUAUGCAUCUAAUAAAGUCUGUAACUCCAGGCUUAGGGGCUGGGGCCGGAGGCUGAGAGCACGAAGCCCCACGGGGGCCAGAGGAAAGGGGGGUGGUCCCAGACGGCUCUUAAUGGAGCCGUGCAUUUCCACUGCCUGCUCUAGAUUCCCCCUCAGGCUGCUUUCGGGGGUGAGGAACAGGGGGACAGCAGGUGUGGCCAAAGGAAGGCAGAUGGCAGCAUGGACUCCAGACGGGCAGCAGUGCUGCUGCUGCUGUUAGUAACAGACUGGGGCCGCGCUGAAGGACCAGGGGGCCGGGAUGAAGGAGACCAGAGCUUCACGGAGGAAGACAGUGGAGCCCACCCACCGCAGGAUGCCCAGACCCCCGGGGCACUCUUGCGCUCCCUGCUCCAGCCCACGCAGAGACCCAGCCGGAGUCCAGCCUUCCUGUUUCAGCCCCAGAGGUUUGGCAGAAACACCCGGGGCUCCUGGAGCAACGAAGGGCUGAGCUCCCCGUUCUGGAGCCUGGCUGCCCCUCAGCGCUUUGGGAAGAAGUGACAUGCCAUCCUUUGAUGUUUGCAUGCAAGGCCCACACCCAAAAGUGCCACGUGUCCCCCCAAAUAAAUCUGUCUGGCUUCUGAA